UAAAGCUGUCACUUCCUGGUUGAUUCAUGCCAGACCGACGGAGUACCCAUUCCGACAUGGCUCUCCAAACGAAAUCUCUGAUUAUCUUUGUAAUCCUAUUGCUACAUAUCAAAAACACAUCUGGUACCACAGAAUGCUUGUUGAAAAACACAUCCUGCUCUGACUUGCGUGUUGCUGAGGGAUUUCGAUUUGGAUAUGAUUGCCCAAAAGGAAGUGCCAUUUCUGUCGAAGGAACCAAUAAGACGCAUCUGGCUCAUGCGGAUAAAUACGAACAACACUUUGACCCGGAUAUAAUAAAUAUGGACAACCAUUCAGUGAUCACAAAAACCUGCCAAGAUCUCACCAUUACAUGCAUUAUCGCUACUAAUGGUCUUGAAGAGAAGUGUGUGAGUUUCAAAACCAUCAGUGCUGAGAACGCUUCCUUAUUUCAACCAGAUAGUACGGAGAGUCCUCCUCCACAACAUAAAUGGGGCCUUGAAUGGAUUGUAGCCAUUGUAGCUAUUCCACUUAUAUUCCUUUAUAUCCCUUACCAUUGCUGGAAAAAAAGGUGGAGGAAUCAACAAUGUCCAACAUUGGAUUCCCAAUGCCUCCCUGGAAACCAAGACGGAAGUGGAUUCCGAAUGGUUGAAACAGGGGGUUUAGGAGGACAGCCCAACGGUGAUAUCGGGAAUGGAGGAGAUCCACGUGGAAGUGGUGAAACUGACCAACACACGCUUGAAAGUGUCACCAGCGAAGACAUCGGAGCUCGCAGCGCCCCGACUCCAUCUGAUCCCAACCCAGUGAACGGCUUCAGGAACAUGAGGGAGGAUCCAGGAGGAAAAAAUACAACAAAAGGAAGAGAAAUUAAAAGGGAGCUGGAUGGCGGAGGAGCUGCUGAGCAUUAUCAGGCUGAAGAACAACCACUGCUGCCAGAUCUGCGAGCUGCCAGUGCUGGAGGUGCAGACGUGGCCGGUGAAGCUGUAGCUUUGGUGAACGAGCUCAGCUUCGACCAGGACCGAGUCGAGUGCAGUCGAGUUACGGACGUGGAGUCAACAUGCACUGGAAAACUAACAAAUGGAGAUUAUAAUAGCUAAACAUUAUAUGCUAUGAUAUAUAGAUACCUAAAAUACAUAUGAAGAUUAUAAUAACAGGUCUAAAGACUAUAAUAUAAUAUAAUAUAAUAUAAUAUAAUAUAAUAUAA